GAGAAGAUUCAGGACCUGCUGAAGACGCAGAAACACGGGAGUCUAAAGCUGGUGCCAUCUCACACAUUCCUCAGUACUCAUGGAAUCAUUGCCCUUAUGAAGUUUUAAAACAACUGAAUUUACUUGAGUACUGUGACAAAAAGCUUUCACUAAAGAAUGUUCUAGCAGUUAGUUCUAAAUCCUUGGAAGGAUGUGCACCUAAGUCAUUAGGAGAUGUUCUGUGGUAUUUUCUUAAUAAGGUAAUGAGGUCUGAUUCUAAUGCAGUGAAUAUAAAAUGUAGUUGUAAUGUUUCCAGACAGGUAAUUAAGCAUGAGCAAUCUGAUAAUUCUGAUUCUGAAUCUGACACAGAUUAUGAUAUUACAGCUCUCACUCAUUCACCAGUUGUUUGGAUCCAUCCUUUAGAUUUAAUUGUCUCAGUGUUUCUCUGUUCAAAUCCUUUGUUACAAAAGGAGCUUAUGGUAAAAAUGUCUGCAUGUCAGUUUGCAUUACCACUGUUACUACCCAAGUGGAACAAUAGUUGUACCUUCCUUCUGUGGACAAUUCGGUCAAUUAUAAAGAAAUGGCACCACAAAGAGAUAAUAAGCAAUAGCAAACUUCGGGAAGAAAAUAUAAUUUCAUCACGUAUUCCAGUUUUUUCAUUUUUAAGAGUAGGUAACAUCAGUGUAUCGAAGUCUAAAACAUUGAAUAACAUCCUUAGCAACAAACAGCAAUAUCAGGACAUCUUUAUCCAUCAUCAGAUGGAAUGUGCAAAUUUACCUCGGAAAAUUUCCAAUGGUCUUGGAGAGAUCACUUGGUACCUGCCAUGUGGCUCUGAAGAUAUUGAUGUUUUUACACAGCCAUUUCAGAUAAUUAAUCUCAGAGGUGAUGGUUGCUCAUUUCCUGUGCAAGUACAUUUUUUAACAUUAAUAUCAUCAGCUGUCUUUGUGUUCCUUGAUGGUAUUACAGAAAUAAAACUUCAGCACCUAGAAAAGUUCACAAAAACUCAUGCACAGAUCUAUCUUAUAUUAACCUCAAAUUUUAAAUCACCAGAUGCAGAAAAAGAUUUACUAAAGUCAUUUACACAAAAGUUUAAGUUGAGCAAAAGACAUGUUAUCAUGAAGAGCUCAGAUAUAAAUGACUCUGACUUUACUGGAAUACUUCGUUCUAAACUGCAGUCUGCUGUUGAUCAAUGUAAAUACACAAAUGUGCAGUGUUUAGAGGAGAUGGUUUCCACAGCACACCAGUGCAACAUCGAAGUAGAUGAGGAUGAUAAACAAAUUCAACACGCAAAGCGCUGCUCUGAGCAGAUUAUUAGUCUAAUCAAUGAUGGUGAUAUAGCACAAUUCAAAUUCCAGAAUUUCACCUUUCAAGGUGAAACUUGGAAGAAAUUGUCAGAAAUUGAAAAGAAACAAAGCCGUCCCAAAACAUGCUCAGACAGUUUGGAACUGUAUACUGCUAGCCUUGAAAAAGACAAAAGACAGUUACGACAAAAACUAUUAAAAAAUGGACUUCCGGAGAUUAUAAAAAGCUUUAUUUAUAAACUAACUAAUUUUUCUGGGAUUGAAAGAGAGCUUUUCCUUUGGUGGAUGAAACAAAAGUUAGACUCCAAGUCUCAAACUGAAAUAUCUGCUUUAAGAUCACAGUACAGAAAUACAUAUGAAGCACUAAGCAAAACAGAAAAGCUAGAAGAAAGACAACAAAAACAGAAUCAACUUAAAAAUAUUAGUGAUAAACUCAGUACAUGCUCACUGGGGUUAGAGCAUUUCAUGCGUGAACUGGGACAGAUUUAUGAAACUCUCAUAACUGAAAAGGUUACAUCACUUGAAGGAAUUCCCUCUAUUGACAAAUUGCCUUCUGUAGCUGCAGAAUUAAUGUUAGCUGGUUUACCACUGGAACUUCUUAAUGGAGAUGCUGGGAACAUAUCAGUAAACUGGAUUUCAGCAGUUCUAAAAAACGUUUCUAAGAUUGUGGGAGAAAAACACAUGUUUGUGCUCUCAGUGCUGGGUGUACAAAGCACAGGAAAAUCAACGUUGCUAAACACAAUGUUUGGGCUGCAGUUUGCUGUCAGCAGCGGGAGGUGCACAAGAGGUGCAUUUAUGCAGCUGAUUGAAAUCACUGGUGACCUAAAAUCACAGGUAGGUUAUGAUUUCCUAAUGGUUAUUGACACUGAAGGAUUAAAAGCUCCUGAGUUACUGAAUGUAGCUGACAGUUAUGAACACGAUAAUGAACUGGCAACACUCGUGAUUGGAUUAAGUGAUAUGACCUUAAUAAAUAUGUCCAUGGAACAUUCUGCAGAAAUGAAGGAUGUACUGCAAAUUGUUCUCCACGCCUUUAUCAGAAUGAAGGAAGUUGGAAAGAAGCCAUUUUGUGUCUUUGUCCAUCAGAAUAUCAGUGACAUUGCUGCUCAUGAUAAAAAUCUGAUGGGCCACAAGGUCCUUAUCGACCAGUUAGAUGAGAUUACAAGAACUGCAGCAAAAAUGGAAAAAUGUGCUGACAAAUUUAAAAAGUUUUCUGAUAUUAUAGCAUUUGAACCUAGCACUUCCAAAGGAUACAUUGCAAGUCUGUUACAUGGUUGUGGCCCCAUGGCAUCCGUUAGUACAGGAUAUAGUGCAAGUGUAUUUGAGCUUAAGAAGUUUAUAUUUCAAACUAUCCAAAACGUGGAUAUAUACAAGUCAACAUUUUCUUCCUUCAGCAAAAAGACUGUGGACAUAUGGAAUGCAGUACGAAUGGAAAAUUUUUUAUUUAGUUUUAAAAACAGCUUGGUAGCAGAAGCCUACCAUCACCUAACACUAGCGUAUGCUGAAUGGGACUGGGGGAUGAGAAGGGCUGUGCAGGAGUGGACAAUUCAGGCCGAAAAUAAAAUUGAAUCAUCUGAAAUUGAUGUUUGCAGUUCACUGAAAACAGAACUCCAUACGCUGAUCACAGAAAGACAAACUGCUGCACUUGGACAUCUAGAAAAGUACUUUGCAGGUCACUCUGAAAGGGCUAAGCUUCUUGAGGAGUACAGACAAAAGUUUAUUCAUAGUAUUGAUUUACUUAGUAAAGAGCUCUUUAAUUGUGCCACAGAAAGAUAUCUGGAUACAAAACAAAGAAAAAAUUCCUUGAAGGAAAUUAGUGUACUUAAUAAAAAUUACAAAGGUAAACUUGAAAAAUGCAUUUCUAAACUUUUGGAAGAUUGCAAGAGAAAGAAUAGUACAUUAAAUGAUGACCAGCUUUUACAAUAUUUUAAUGCAAUGUGGGUUAAAGAAACCAAAUCUAUUCAACUUCCUCCAGCCAAAAAUGUCAACAUAAAGGCAGACAUGGAAUACAGUCUUAGAGAACACAUGCCUGCUUGGUCAUCUCUUGUAAACAAAAAACUGAAACAAAGAAUAAUUACAUGGAAGUGGUCUGCUGACCUUAAAAAUAAAGUAGUAACUAAGUUCACUAAGUGUCUUAAUUAUUUUUCAUACCAAUCUGAUGUAGAAGAUGCCAUAAUGGCAGCUAACCACAUACAGAAGAAAUGUAUGGACUUUGUAUGUGAAAUUGUAAAGAAAGAUACAGAUUAUGAUCCCACUUACUGGUAUGUAGUUUUACGUAAUGUGGAUGCGAAUAUAAACUAUUAUGAAACAGAAAGGUUUUCAUAUUCAAAUGAUUUUAUUGUGGAUCUGAAGUAUAAUGUAUGCUCUUCUGCAGUCCCUAUGUUUGAGGACAUGUAUAAAACUUUUACUGAAAAAAAUGACCCCGUGAAGCUACUUUCUAAAGAGAAAGAUAACUAUGUUCAACUGUUUAGGGCAUUGUAUAAAACUAAUGAUGCAAGUCAAACAAUGGCUGGAAUUUUUGCUAAAAGCUCCCUGAAACCUGCAGUUAUCAAAUCAAUUGAGAAAAAACUUGGGUCUGACAUUGUUAAUGACAUGAAAAACAGCUAUCCUGGAGGGGAAUUUAAAACUAGAAUGAACUUUCAUGUAGCAAUUAUGUGUGACUUGCACAUUAAAGACCGUUUUGAGGAGUAUUUAAAGUAUAUUUGUGAUACUGUUUCAUAUGAACAGGACUGGCUGCGUGAAAAAAUAAAUCAACAUUGUGGUAAACAAUUUAAUGGACACACUACAUUAUUUGAUUUGGGAACAGGGAUUUUGAACACAUUAGUAUGUCUUUUGAGAAAAGAAAUAGAUCAUGCUAAAGAUAACUGCAAAACAGUGCAGGAAUUAUUCGUGAAUAUAAAGGAAAGCGUUCAAAAUUAUUUAGUUAUAUCAUCAAAAGCAGACACAUUUGCAUCUCAGACUGAUCUGCAAUGUUUUAUUAAAUACUUAAAGAGUGAUAUUGAUGAAAUUGAAAAAGACAUAGAAAAGGAAAUUGAAGAAUGGAUAGUUGCUACAAAAAUAAAGUCACUGCCAUCAUCACCCAUCAAAAUACUGCAUGAAACAUUAGCUGGAUGUGGAAAUUACUGCUUCUGGUGUAGGGCCCCUUGUGAGUGCACUGAGCCUGGUCAUGUGACACACAGUACUAACUAUCAUAGACCAUGGGGGGUUACUGGUUAUAGGAAUGAAACUACACAGACGUUAACAGCUGAAAUCUGUACAACAUUUGUUGCAGGUGAUGGUACAUUUCGGAACAAAGCCACUAAUAAUAAAAUUGUUUAUGACAAGGAUUAUAAAUCUGUUAAUGAUUACUACAGUUCCUGGAUUAUCACACCAGACACAAGUCUGAAAGGAUCUACUUACUGGAAGGCGGUAUUCUAUAAAUAUAAUAAACAGUUUGCUGAACACUACAAAUGCUUACCUGGUGAAAUCCCAUCUGAAUGGAAUUUUAUAUGGGAAGAUGUGUGCAGAGAUAUUGAGAAUGCUUAUAAUAUAAAUAUAGACAGUUUGCAAGCUAAUAGUAAUCAUGAAACUAGAACUUAAAGAAAAGUUAAGUAGAGUUGUGUGCUGUAUAAGACAGUUGUGAUAACUUGGUGGCAUUUCUGAAUAUAAAAUCAUUUGUACUUGUACACUGAGUUAUAAAGAACAAGAGUGUUAUUCAUUAUUUUGGCUCGGUUUUGUACAUUAGUAUAAUAGAACUUGUAAACUUGUUCAUCAUUUUUGUAGGAAUUUGUUUGAACUGUGCAUAUGACUAGGACAUUUGAGGGCACAUUCAGAAUGUGCUGGUUUUGAAAACUAUUUUGAUUAAAAUGAACAUAGUACAUGUACUGAGAUAAACCAGAAACUGUUUCAGUCAGUAACUCUUAAUAUUUGCUAUAAUGAUCAUUGCUGCAGUAUUCAUAAUGCCUGAUAAUUAGAUGCAUACAGAUGUCUGUCUUUACAAAGUGCAUUGUUUAAUUUUAUUUAUUUCAAGUAAAGAACUUGAUUAUUCAGGUUAUUCAGUUUUAAAAGCUUGGAUGGUGAUUUAUUUUAACUUAUGUGUAUAUGUACUCUAAGGCUGUACUAAUAAUUGAUAGCUUCAGCCUUUUGCAGAGUUACUGCUGAAACUAUUGCUAACUUCCAGAACUUAGGAUGUCUGCAGAGUAGAUUUGGUCUCCAACCCAUAACGGUGACAUCAGUAAAAUAUGCAGAGUGGAGCUGGUCACCUAUCCAUGCCAGUGUGUUCCAGGUCGGUGUUGGGAUUUUUUCUUCAUUUUCCAAGCUUUUCUCCCUGUCGGGAACUUGUUUUUGCUGUGUUUCGUGUUACAUCAGCAGAAUAUGCAGAGUGGAACUGGUUUCCUACCCAUGUUGAUGACAUCAGUAUAAUAUGCAGA